GUCUCCUUUAGUCCUCAAAAAUGGCCAAUAUGAAGUUAGUACCGGCCCUCUGCUCUGCAGCGAUUAGCUCGUAUUAGUUGACUUGUAAUCAACAGUUGUGCCAUUUUUGGUGCCAUUGGUUUGGUCUAGCUCAAUAUUUGCUCACCUACAUGGGCCUUUCAAGAGCCCGUACACUAUCCCACAUUACCGACACGAGCUAUGAAGGUAUUGGAAGCGAGCCAUGAGCCAAUCUAACACGACUCCGGUGCAGCUCCUGACUGUGAUGGGACCUCCUUCUGGAUCCAUGGCCCUUACAAAGCGAUUUGAAUGCGAGGUUCCCGGUUGCGGAAAGGUGUUCCGACGAAAAGAGCAUUUGACGAGACACCUGAAGUCACACGAUACUCAGUUGCAAUAUGCAUGCCAUAUCUGUGGCCGACGGUAUGCACGAAGCGACGUUCUCAAGCGGCAUGUGGAAUUUCAUCCGCAGUACUAUAAGCCGAAGCGUGAAUUUAUAGCGUGUACCCGCUGUCGAGAGAGCAAGACAAAAUGUGACGAAGAACACCCAUGCAGGCCUUGCAGCCGCAGGGACCUAGAGUGUGUUCGUCUGGGCCGUAGCAAAAUUAUUGUCAGCAGUAAAGACGUAGCCUCGGAACUACCUCCUGAGGUUUCAGACCCGCCAUCCAACCAAGCACAAGUCCUCCAAGUGCCUACGGUCCAGGAACCUGCGAAUAUGGGGAGACGCCUUGAUGUUUACUUUACUAAAAUUCAUCCAAGUUGGCCUAUACUACAGUCUUCUACGAUCAUGCCCGAGAGUACAGGCCCCUUGGUAACAUCGAUUAUGGCGCUCGUCAGUUGGCUUGAAGGAGCUCAAGACCAUUCAACGCUGUUUAAUCAAGCCCUGGACGAGAUCGAAAAGACAAAAUCGGGCCGAAAUCCAUCCCUACCUGUAUUACAGGCAACUGUGCUCUGUCUCCUCUACGCUAUAUGCUGCCUUACUACAGAAGGAAUGGUACUCAAAGCCUGGCGGAUCCAUAAUGACCUAGUUUCUGCAUGCCGUCUUGCUCGUAUACUUAUUCCUCAGAGAGGGAUAUGGUAUGCAUCGAACGAGGCUUCGACCGAAAAGGAGGAAUAUAAACAACAAUACUAUGGGAUAGCUUUUGCUGCGCUGCGUCUUGAUGCCUACCUUUCAGCAAUGACAGAUUUUCCGCCCCUGAUUCGAUACCAAGAGCUUUCCAUGUCCCUCUGCCAUGCUACUUGGUGGACUAGUGUGAACGGUGAGGAAGAACGACGGCGACUACAGGAAGAUGAGACUAUGAUACGAAAGAAAACAUCGUUCGGCUUUCGAGUCCAUGACUUAUUCGGCACACCACGUCCGAAUGUUUUAGCACCGCCCUGGACUAAGAUUGAUUACCACUUCAUUCUUUGCGCUAUCCAAUCUGGUGCAUGGGAGGCAUCCCACCAAGCUCUUCGCACGAUUCCAGAGGAUAUACAGUCAAGGACCCAUCCCCAAGAUCUUCGCACCGACUGGCGGUCGCAUCUGAAUACUUGGGCGACUAAUUUAGAACAUGAUUGUGAACUUCGAAAACAUUACUUCAAGGGUUCUCGCGGGGAUGACAUCGACCCUCAAACUUUACUCCUUUGGCACAUGACGACGUUGAAAAUGCAUGCACCGCCUGAUCUCUGGGGACUCCAGCAGCGCUAUUAUGAGUUCGACAUUCCUCUCGAGCCGCAACUGCGGCACCCGCUGCGAACCUGGCAAGCCUCAAAGAUCGCUCGCACAGCAGUGUGGCAUAGCGCGCAGAUAGCACGGAUUGUAUCGGGCGAGUUGUCGUUGGAGAAUGCAACCACCCGUAUCCGUCUCAAUCCUCUCCUUAUCCCCGCGCUCCUUAUGAGCGCGUUUGUUGUGUGCGGAUAUGUAUACCAUGCCAAGACCUGUCCACUCUGCACAGGAGGCGGACCCAUAGACCUUGUCAGCCUAUUCGAAGCCUCGGAUGGUUGCCAGAGACUGGACCGCUGGCUAGAGGAGGGAGCGGGUUUGGCUGACUGGGGGCCUGAUGUCUUCAUCGGCUUCCCCGUCUGUCAAUGUAGUCAACUUCUGCUGUACGAUUGGUUCCGCAAGUUUCUCGCUCAGGAUACGCAGGCCGAUGCUGCACUGGGACUGUUUCUCGACGAGCUCAAGGCUGGGACGUGGUGAAAUUCGAAUGGACAGACGGAAACUUCGGCGCAACAUUCACGUACAGACCCCUUGUUCCCCCUUCUCGCCCGUCAGCUCAUUACAUGCAAAGAAGACCAUAUCCGAGCUCCUACCUAGAAAACAUCGCCGUGGAAGGACCAAGCUAUAUUACCAAACCUAAGUAAGUAGUUGGUAGCAACUCGCCAUAAGACUACCUAAUCUUCUAUGCGUACCAGCUCUACUUGUCAGAGUCUGAGGAGCGAAAGCAUAGCAGGGAGAGGAAAGGUAGACACAUACCAUGAAUCACGGCAGUUUGGUCGUAUAACAUCAUUGGGCGACGUAUACGUGAUGUGCCAACACUUCACACGCAAACAAGAUCACUAUACACGUGCCAACGAUAUGCAUGCACUUUGUCCAGGUACACUGCGACCUUCGCCAAGCAGGGGCUCUCAAGACCAGGCACGAGGGUAGAAACGGAGGAAGACGCAAUAAUUAGUAAAGGACGUUGGCACGUAGAUGGAAUUCACAGCGAAUUACCGGUAUGGGAGAGAAUAUAUAUAUAUAUAUAUAUAUAUGAUUUAUGAAGAAUACGCGCAUAUCAACUAGGAAGACACAGCGCAUACAUUACCAAGGAGAACAUGAAUAUACAAAGAGGGAUAAUAGAAACAGUUAGCUAACCUAGGGAGAUGCAAAUUUCAACUAGAUUAUUAGCCUCUAGGGAAACUCUAACAGAAGACAUCAUUCCAAGUUGAUA